AUGAGAAAAGUAAAAAAGGCUAAUCAGCCUUCUAUAAAGAAUCAUUUGGAUAGUUCUUGGAAGUAUAAGCAGAUUAGAACACAGGAAGAUUUGGACAAAGCUAUUCUGAACCACCUGAUUGCUGACCUCCUUCCUUUCAGUGAAGUCGAAAAGGAAGCAUUCAAGAACCUCAUUGGUGGAUUGUCUGGGCCACUUGUUAUAAGGAGUCGCCCCUUCAUGGUGGAACUAUUAAAGAAGACUUACAGCAAGAGUAAAGCAGAUUUGAUUUUUGAACUUGACAAAGCUGAUUAUGUCAGCACCACAGCAGACUGCUGGACUUCACGGCGACGUCGCUUUUUAGGAAUGGCAGUUCAUUGGAUGGGACAAGAUCUUGAUCGUCGCAGUGCGUGUUUGGUUGUUAGAUGAAUUUACGGUUCCCACACAUACAAUGUUGUUGGCAAGGCCAUAUCAGAUAUGCACACAGAAUUCAAGAUUUGCUCCAAAGUAAACUGCACCAUUACUGACAAUGGAUCGAACUUUUUUAAAAGCCUUUGACAUGUUCAAACGACCUAAUUCACCUGAAAAAACCCAGCCGCUGAUGAA